AUGGCGAGCGCAACGGAGCAGACACCGGUGCGGACACUUGCUCAGACAAGACCGGUAUUUGCCGCAGCUGAUGCUGCACAUGCUGGUACGACUCACUGUCAUUCCAGCGAUGCACAGCAUCGCGCGCGGCUCCAUCUUGCCCGGUGGUUGCUGCAGCCGUGUAUCAAGGUCGUUGGCGACCUGCGCGGGAGGCAUUUGGACAGCUUCAGGACCUUCCUUUCUGGCGCUUUGAUCAGUCGCCAUGUCGGUCUCGCCGUCUGCUCAUCUGCCCACUGUUUUGCCCCCCUUGCCUUGAACCGCGCUCGCAGUGCGCGUCGACCGAAUGAUCUGCCGCCCGACAUCGCCUCCAGCUAUGGAUUUGGAUAUCUACCAUUUCAUUGA